AUGUCGGUGGAGUUGCCAGAAGCGACAGAGCUGAAGGCCAGGCACGAGCUGGCACUCUCCUGGAUUGCUGAGGCGCAGAAGCACCCCUCCACUGCAGAGACCCCGACUGAAGAGCACGGCCCCAUUCUGGAGGAUCUGGUGGAGAAGGGCAUGGACGUAGGCCUGCUCAUGCUGGAGCUCAGCACCGCCCGGGACCGGCUGGCCGCGCUCCAGUGGGCGGCCCGAGCGCGCGUCCUGCUGACGGCCACCGAGCCCGCCCCCGCGCCGCAGCUACCCCUGCCAUCCACCCCGGCACCCGCCUGCCUCGCCCCGGCCUCUGCAUCGGCGCACGCUCAGCCGCCACCCGCCGCAGCCGACUCGGCCGCUGCGCCGGAGUCGGCACAAGCCUCUGCUGCCGCACCCGCGCUCCCGCCGCCGCAGCCGCUUCCGGCUGCUGCAGCAGAGCAUGGGAGUGGCGCUCCUCAGGAGGAAACUCCUGGGAGCGCAGCAGCCACAGAAGGAGCCCAGCCGGCUGUUGGGCCCUCUGUUGAAUCGUCUGCGCUUCCUGAGCAGCCGGCUAGUGGCACAGAUGUGGUCAUGGCAGAGGCAGGGGAGCUGCCGGCGCCCAGCCAGACAGAUGAAGCAGUGGCUGCAGAGCGGUCGGAGCCGUCAGGCAGAGCAGCACAGCAGGUGCCGCCGGCCACGCCUGCCAGAGUCGUCGGCGUCACUGGUGGCUUGGAAGUCGUUGCUGGCUCAGCUAUAUUCACCAAGGUGACGAUUGAGGACUUGAUGGCGGGCUUGGAGGAGUCUACCGGCAGGCAAGCUGCAGAUGGGCUGGCGCAGGGAGCGCCAGCGGCCAUCAGCGGGCCCUGGACGCAGGCUCUGCUGGGUGACGGUGACGAGGAGGCAGACGCUGCCAUGCUGGAUGCCAUCGCCCCAAGACCUGCAUCUGCUGACCCUGCACCACCAGGAUUGGCAUCACCUGCUGCACCACAGCCGCAGAGCGCGCAGACACAGCUGCGGUCUCCUGCCACCAAAGCCGCUGAAAGGUUCCUGGCGGAUGAGAGAGCUGCGGCAGACGAGGAGGCCAGCGAGACAGCGCGGCGGCGGGGAUCCCAGCCAACGCUGGCGCAGGCGGCGGCACUGGCGGCCGAGGCAGAGGACCUGCCGGUGGACGUGGAGCUGCGAGGCAGGCUGGAGGAGAUCGUGCACAAUGGAGAGGACUGGGAGGCCCGCUGCGCUGCAGUGCUCAACCCCAAGCGGGCUGGGGCGGGCGAGGCGGUGGAGCUGAGCAUGGAGGAGGUGGGCGCGCUGCUGGAGGAGGGCAAGGCGCUGGGCCUGCAGCUCAAGGGCCUGCCCAAGCUCAUCUCCGCCAUGUCCGCCGCCCGCGCCUGGAACGUCCGCGCCGCCCGCGCCCUGCGCUCCGGUGGAGAGAAGCCGAGCUACGCUGAGCUGGCGGCGCUGGCUGACGGGGCGGCGGAGCUGCCGAUAGUGUCGCCGAUGUCCGGGGCGGUGCUGGAGGCGGUGGCCGCCGCGGAGGGUUGGCAGGAGCGCGCGCGGCGGGCCAUGGCCAAGCGCAACAGCGGCCAGAAGCUGUCCAAGUGCCUCUCCUGGCUCGCCUCCUCCAUCGACCGCGCCCUCGAGCAGCUGACCAUGCGCGUCACGGACGAGAAGAGGCUGUACUGGCAGAAUCAGCAGUCGGCCACGCAGCAGCAGAAGCACGUGUCCACGCCGAGUCCGCCCUCCGCAGAGGAGAGGGAGGCGGUCGCGGACGGCAGGCGCCGGCGCACGGCCAAGGCCAUGCAGCAGGAGGAGAUGUCCCCCGAGGAGGAGGUGUAUGUAGAGAACGAACACGAGCUCUUCUGCGUCUGCCAGCAGCCCUACAACGGCGCGGCGAAAAGUCUCAAGAAGUACUCCUGCCCGCUCUGCAUGGCACUCAAGAACCAGCCGACCGACCUGGAUGCCGCCAUCGGCCGCACCCGCCGCACCCGGCGUCCGGACCGUGCCACGCUGGCGCAGCUGAUCCAGGAGGCGGCAGCGCUGCCGUGCGUGAUGCCCGAGCAGGCCACCAUGGCGCGCAUCCUCAGCUGCUUCGACCGGUGGCAGACUGCUGUGGAUCUGGCGGUGCGCGCGCAUGAGCAGUCCAGCGUGCUGCCGGACAACCACCCGCCCGGCACGCUGCCUGCCGACACCAAGCCUCAAGGCCGGCUGCGCGUGUCGAUGCUGAGCCAGCUGGCAAAGAGCGGGCUGAGCAUGGAGGUGGAGAUGGGCGAGCUGGGCGUCCGAGUGCUGACGGCGCUGCGCGCCGAGCGAUGGCGCACGGCCGCGGAGCAAGCCUUGCGCUCGCCCUCCAAGACCACAGCGGACACGCUGUGCAAGCUGGUGAGGGAGGCGGAGGGGUUUGGGCUGGUGCUGACGCGCGACCUGAUCGGCAGCGCGCUCGGCUACCGCGCGGCCGGCGCCAAGUCGUGGCUGGAGCGCUGCCGCCUGGUCAUCGCCGACCUGGGCAACCCCUCCAAAGACCAGGCCGCGCUGGACGCCGCCCUUCGCCGCGCCGAGGCCCUCGCCGCCGACGCCGACCGCCUGUCCUGCAACGUCACCAAGGACCUCGAGCGCCUCAAGGAGGCGACGAAGCUGUGGUGCCUGUGCAAGCUGCCGUACAAUGAGGACCGGCCGAUGCUGGCAUGCGACUACUGCCAGGACUGGUUCCACUACGACUGCGUCGGCCUGCGCCCGCCCGGCGACGAGGAGGACGACGAAGACGAGGGCAAGCCGUAUCCGGAGAUGGCGCGGGUGCCGGAGCGGUCGCUGGUGACGCUGCAGGCCGAGUUCUGCGGGGGAGCCGGCGCCGGCGCGCCUGUCUCCAACGGCGUCUCCUCCUUCGCCACGGCUGCCGCGCAGCUGCCUGUGCAGGCCGGCGGCAACGGCGCGCUUGGGGCUGCCACCAAUGGCUUCUCUGGCGGCAUCUCCGGCAGCCUGCCGCAGGUACUGGCGGGGCUGCAGUACAGCCUGCCGCCGCCAGACAUGGGUCUGAGCCAGCAGCAGACGCACUGGGUGCUGGCCGCCCUGGCAGCGCAGGGGCAGCAGCAGCUGCAGGGCAGCGUCUCAGCCGCGCUCGCCCUCAGCCACACCAACCCUGCCGCAGCCGCCGGCCUCUUCGGCCACUUCCCCGCCUCCCAGCUGCAGGGGAACCUGUCGGCUCUGGCGGCGCAGCCCAGCCUGGCGCUGCAGAUGACGCCGCAGGUGGCCGCCCAGAUUGCCAGCCAGAUGUCCGGCCAGCUAGCCAUGCAGCUGCAGCACAGCGCUGAGAUGCAGCAGAGGAGCUCCUCUCAGGCCAGCCCCAGCCCCACGCCGCCGCCGGUGGAGCAGCCUGCGCCCGCUGCUGCACCAGAGACCACAGCGCGACCAGAGCAGCCCAGCUAUGCACAGCCUGCUGCAGAGCAGGCUCAGCCCAGUGGGCCGCCAGUUCACCCCGCUUGGCAGGAAGCGCAGCUCAGCGGGCAGUAUGGGCUUGCAGACAAGGCUCCAGCUACAACUGUGGCCACCCCGCCACAGCCGCCAGAGGCUCCCAAGACAGAGAAUCAGCCUGCGGUCAUCGGGGAGAAUGGGCCGCCUGCCGGAACUGAGAGCCUUCAGGCCGCAGGAGCAGCACUUCAGCCGGCAGCAGCUCUGGUGCAAUGA